AUGAACAAUCUCGAGAAAGAGCUGGUGGAUUCGGAUAACUUAGAGAUUCGAACCCAUGCUGAUGGUACUAUUGUUGGAGUUCUUAAAAAUGUGAAAAAAGCAAUCGAAACUCGGAUGACAGAUUUGGCAAAAUCUGGACAAUUGUUAGCUGGCAGAAAAUUGGCAUUGUUCGGGGAUAAAGGAGGUGAGAAAAUGUCUUGAGGCGACAAACAAAGUAUUUUUUCAGGAGGAACAACGAAACUAAUUAUUGUUCUGGUACAUCUUGCAAAUCCGAAUAGUCGUCAUAAUAUUCUGGUCAUAUCAAUUUUCGGUGCAGAUGACACAGCUCAAAAUAUGCUGAAAUACAUUCCUGAUGUGUUGGACCAACUCAAUUCAUUGGAAACAAUCAGCUUCGAACAGAACGGUGUUCUUGUUACAAUUGAUGUUGAAUGGAUGCUUGGUGGCGACAUCAAAUUCCUUUGUUCGUGUCAUGGGCAUGCAGGUAAUGAUUUGUCUAUGGAUUCAAAAAUUAAUAAUUCAUUUCAGGCGCAAGUUCUUUGGAAUUUUGCUUCUUCUGCUAUUUAGUAAACAGACAAUGUACACAGCUCAGGGAUUAUAAUGGAGAUGCUAUCCUUCGAACAGUACAAUCAUAUGCUAAUGAUGCUUUGACUGGUGCUAAUUCAGUACAAAUUGGCUCCGUGAUUAUCUUCAAACUAGUGAAAUUAUCACAUGUAAUUGUCCCUUCACUUCAUAUCUUGAUGGGAUUAGCUGAUCGAUAUAUUUUUGUUUUCUUGCUAACUCUCGCCGCGAAAGAAGAUAAUUUGACAGACAUUGAAUUCGAAAAGUUGAGCCACACAAAGAGUAAGAUGAAAGAAAUGGUGAAAAACUUGGAUAACAAAAAUAAUGUAUUGAAAACUUGGAUCAGCGACAAAAAAUCAAUGGAAGAUAUGCUAUUGGCUGUCACUAGUGUAAUCAGUAGAAAAAUAUCAAAAGCUCGAAAUCCACCACCAACAUGUCAUGCUGGAAAUUUGCAUUUAUACACAUAA